CCCCACUGCUUUGUGGGCUUAUAAGAGCAUGUGAAAUAGAGAAUCACAAAGAACUCUCUCUCUCUCACACAAAUCAUCUCUUGCGUUUGCUUCUCUCUUCCUCCUCAGGCGUGGCUUUUGGCUUUCAAUUACUCUCUCUCAACCCAUCAAUGACCAUAUCUGCUUUAUUUUCUUGUCUUUUAUACAUUCACUCACAGUGAGACAGAGAGAAGAAGACAUUACACAACACAUACUGUGUGUGCUUAAUUUGUCUUGUUACUCUAUUCCUGUUCGUAUAUAAAAUCAUGGAUGUUAGAUGGGAGAAGACAUUAAGAGAUCAAGAUCAUCGUAACCGACACAACCCAUCUUUCUCUUCUACUCUUCUUGAUGCAAUCUAUCGUUCAAUAGACGAGCCAGCUGCCAACGACAACGACAACAACAACAACAACAAACGAGACCAUGAAAACAUGAUCUUCUACAAAGAAUCCAUCACAAGAAAGAAGCAUUUCGUCGAGAAGAAGAAUGUGAGCUCCGAAAAAGUUGUUCUCCGGAGGAAAUCCAUGGAGGAUUUGGACAAGAAAGUGAAACAUCAGAGAAAUUUGGAAUCGGUGCUGUUGAAUUCGAGCUCCACUUCCUCCGAUUCAAGCUACGGCGGGGGGUUUUCGUCGUCCGAGUCUGAAUCAUUUUCGAGGCGAAAGCCUAUCAGAACAAGCGUUUCGAGUAGUACUACUCGGCCUGAAAUGAUGCAUAAGGGAGUUAGUUUUGGUAACAAGACUAAAACGAAGGCGUUGAAGAUAUAUGGUGAUCUCAACAAGAAGGUGAAGCAGCCAAUUUCACCGGGGGGUCGCCUGGCGACCUUUUUGAAUUCAAUUUUCACUGCAGGAAAUGCGAAGAAGGCAAAGAUUAAAUCGAAGUCGUCAGACAAGGCAUCAUCGUUGUCUAGUACUUGUUCUUCAGCUUCUUCGUUCUCGAGAUCUUGUUUGAGCAACACACCUUCUUCGAGAGGUACUAAUGGAGUAAAGAGAUCGGUGAGGUUUUGUCCAGUGAGUGUGAUUGUUGAUGAGGAGUGUAGGCCUUGUGGACACAAAGCACUGUAUGAGAACAAAGAGACUAGUUGUAAUAGUACAAGUGCUUUAAUGGCUGUUGUGAAGAAGAGCAAUACCACAAUCAAUGAAGAGCUUAGGCUUCAUAUUAUGAGCGAAAAUCAUCGCGUCAAGGAAGUUGCAAGGGAUCUUUUGAAGAAUUAUCGAAAGAUUGAUCAUGAUUCUGAUGACGAUGAUGAUGAUGAUGCAGCCAGUUAUUCAAGCUCGGAUUUGUUCGAAUUGGAUAAUUUGUCCGCGAUUGGGAUCGAAAGGUAUCGAGAAGAAUUGCCCGUCUACGAAACGACACAUCUUGAUACCAAUCUAGCUAUUGCUAAUGGUCUGAUUAUGUAAUUGUUGAUGAACUAAUUUUCCUUUUUCUUUUAAUUAAUAUUAAUGAAUGGUUUGGGGGUUUACAUCAAAGAAGAAUAAGACUUGUCUUUCUUUAAUCAUACUUUAACUUAUGUU